AUGACUUCUUCGACCAAGGAAAUCAAAAAGGACUUGAUAGCACAUGGCCCGGAGCAGAUUGGAGCCGAAAAGUUCUGCGGUCUUUUGAGCGAACUUGCGGCCCGUUUCGAGGCACAGCCGUCAGAUGCGGAAACGGUUCUUUUGGUGGAUACAUUGGCCAUCUGGUUUCUCCGAGCCACGCAAUGGGCGGGGCCCGAGAACGAGGAGGAACGAGAAUGUCAGAGAGGAAAAGAAACAGAAACAGAAACAGAAACAGAACGAGAAACAGAAACAGAAACACGAACACAAACACAAACAGAAACACUAACUCAAGAUUCAAGACAAACGAGACAGAGAACCAAAGCCUCUGGAUCCGGUGCGCCACAUCCAGCCCCCGCAAAUCCCCUCGCUCUUUCCUACCUCCAGACAGUCGACCCAGAGCUUCUUACAAGGCUCUUUUCGUUUGUGUGCGACUUCCACCAUGCGCGCGGGCGCCUUGCCAAUGCCGUUUCGGCGCUUCUUUCGCGCCUCAUUCUGUUCGCCGGCCGCGUCGCGCCGCCCCUCCUCUGCGUGUGGCUUCGCGCGGCAUUGCAGUUGCCGCGCACCCAGAAGGGCGCCUACGCCGUGCUCGAAGCGCUCUUGCGCGCGCUGCAUGCGGCGCGCCUCGAAGUCCGCGCCCACCGCCCCGAAUUUCUUUCCCAGUGCGUCGAUGCCAUGGCCCAGAACGCCGUGGCGCACGCGGCGGCCCGUGCUGCAGCAGCAGUUUUUUUGCAUUCACCGCCCGACCAGGCGCUCGCAUCCUGGACGCCCGAGCUUGUGCGCGGGUUGAAAUCCCCACCGCUUCGGGCCAACGUCGAGGCGCACUUGCUUCCGGCGCUUUUCCGCCCUUAUCCGCAGCAUUUUGCCCAGUGGGCCGCGUCUUUGCAAUUGGACGCGCGCUCGGCUUUGGCCUUGCUUGAGGCCGGGCGCGCCAUCGACGCGCAUUUCGACGCCGUUUCAAGCGGCGCCGUGAGCCCACUGCAGCUCCGCGCCUGGCUUACGCACGCGCACGCCGACGUUCGCCAUGCGGCGCUAGGCGCGGCGCUCGCAGGAAUUCGGGCGGCCGCGGCGCCUCGAUGGGCCGUCCAGUUGUUGCAAGACGCCGAUUUGCUCGAGGCGCUCUUUCGCCAUUGUGAAACGCCCUCGGAUCGGACGGGGCUACUUUCGGCUCUCCGCCGGCCUGUCUUGGCCAUGCGGGACUUUGUCCGCAGGGCGAGAAAGGACGAGAGGGACAGACGUGCGGAAUUGAAGAAUAGUCUGGAUGAAAAAAGCUCUGGUCUGAAAAGGAAGGACGCCCAGCACCAGCUGGCGGGCAGAAAAAAGCUAAAGGGCAAUGGUGUCUCCGACGCUAUGGAGAUCGACCCAGCGAAGCAAGCACAGAAAUUGGAGUUCAAUGAAGUCACAACAACGAAAAAACAGCUCACAGACGCAGAAACCAGCACGCAGCUCAUAGAGACAGAAACUAUUGCCCCAGAGUCUACUCCAGCAGAGGUGGAAGACGCCCUCUGCUUUCUCAAAAACUUCAUCCUUUCACUUCUUAUCCCCGACUCUACAUACUCCCAGCUCUGCCUCGCCUUUGAUUUUCUCGACAUCUUUGUCUCCCAAGGCUUUGAUGGCGUUUCUCGGUCAAAAAACUCUCGUCCUCAUAAAAUGUUCAUCAUUUUCGACACUCAUCUCACAGACCUCCUCCUCAGGUUCACCACGAACAACUACGAGGAUAUCCGUCUGCAUGCCAAAACUUUGCUUUUCAGCACGCCUUUCGCUGUCUUCAAAGAAACAAUCCAAAAGCAACCACAGCAAAAUCUCCCCAAUUCCAUGGCGCUUCUCAGCUCAAGAAAAGGUCGUCAAAGUGAAGGUGGAGCGCAGCUAUUUCUGGCUGUGACUACCAUUUAUCAACUUCAUGGUGACUACACUAGCUUUUUUGAAACAACAAAUGCUCUUGUCCAAGGGUUGAAUGCGCAGAUUUCGGCUGGUGGUGCCUCGCAUGGUUACUUUACCACACUUGCCCUCAUCUUUUCAUCUUUGGAGAAAGACACACUUCUCUCUCAUAAGGACUACUUCUCGUCCAUUAUUGUAUCACUACUGGAGACUAUACUACAAAUUUGGGACAUGCUCAAGUACCUGAUGGCUUUAGCCCCGUCGGAAGUCGACAGCGACACAGAAACAGACUCAUGGCGUCUAAUUAAGGAGUCCAGCUUCUUGCUUAGAACCAUAAUGGCUCUCAAUCAUCAGCACGGAUGGAUUUUCUUGAGUGAGGACCAUUUUCUUUCCCUUUGUGAUAUGGUCAUUAGCCAGCUUACCAAUGUCACUCAUAGAGGGGCAUUCCUGGCUAUUUUCCCUACUUUUGUUCAAGCUUGUGAAAUAUGCUUGGACUCGUCGCUUUCUGAUAAACCAGAACAAUGGCUCCUCUCCAAUAUAAGGCUCAUUGAAACCAAAACGCAACUUGUAUCCAGAAGGUCUGCCGGAUUGCCCUUUUUGAUAACCGGUGUUCUAGAUGCUUCAGUAUCAGCCCCAAAAACACUCCAAGAAUUCUUAAAGAUCACUUUUGAUGAGCUUUUGGGAAUCGCAAAUCUCAAACAUACUUCUUCGGCUGAUGAAAAAAUGGAUCUUCCACAGGUUCAUGCUUUUAAUUGUGUCAAACACAUUUUCAGUGAUUCCGCCUUGGGCUCUGCUGUACUUCCUUAUAUCAAUGAUGCAUUAAUACUUUCCCUCAGCAAUCUCGACAACCCGACAUGGGCCAUUAAAAAUGGAGCUGUGAUGCUUUUCACUUCUUUACAAGGAAAACUAUUUGGGUCCAGCACGGUAACUGAUGGUGCUUCAGGAACUAAUGCAUCUCUUUUUUUCCACAAGUAUCCUGGAAUAAAAGAGAUUUUGAGAGAGAAAUUAGGAGCUUCACGCAGCUUGAAUCAGGCAAAUGUGGUAAUACCCAUUCUUGCUGUACUCUCCCGGUUGCAUACCUUUAUCUCCUCUGAUCUCAGUCUUGAUAUAUUCAUCGACGAACUCAAGAAAACGUUUUUGAAACAUCAGCUGUGGAAGAUUCGAGAAAUGUCUGCUUUACUGAUCAGCAGAAUGCUUCACGAGUCUCGUUUACUAGACUGCAUUUCUGAAUUGCUCAUUUGUGCUAGCGAAAGUACAAAUAAUAAUGAGGUACACGGAGCCCUUUGUUGCAUCAAGGAAUGUUUGAAAAGGGUGCCAGAAACUGUCGAUUUAAGCGAAGUAUCUAAAAGUGUCGAAUCGCAAUUCCGCUACAACAUCUCCACUGGUAAAAGGCAUUUUUCUAUUCUCUCUGCAUACUUGCACAUAUUGAAGGUUACACAAAGAUUGUCAAGAGAAACCGCAGAAACACUUGCAGAGCAUGUUUUGAAGGAGAUUGAGUUGCUGAAGUAUCUGUUGUAUCCUGAUGGAACCAAGCAGCUCUAUUUGUCAAAAGCAUCAGUAAUUCUUUUGGAAUACUACGCCAAAGAGAAAACCAACACUCUUCGCCAGCUUACAUGGAAAUUUUUGCAAGCGUCUUCAGUUUUCGAAGUGCCAUUAGCAUGUGCCAAUUUUUUUAUCGAGCAUCCGGAACUGGUUCAGGAACCUACCAGGAUGAAAACUCUUCUUGCAAGCAUGAUCAACGAUACGAAUUUAUGGACUCCUGUUAAAUCUACAUUUUUGCAAUUGAUCAUAUCUUUGGGAGGAACAGUGUCUGAUACAAUCACGCCCGAAGCCAAAUGGCCCGAUGAAAUGAUUGAAAGGUGGUUGGUUAUCACAGGUGACACGCAGGACUCAAUGGGGGUAACAUGGUUCGUGGAGUCUGUUAUUAGUUUUGCCGAUGACCAUCAGCCAGAAGAAAAAAUCGAGCUUGCAGUCAUGGCCGCUGGUAAAUUCAUUGCUGCGAACUACAACGUUGUAUCGGCUAACGUAGCGAGAAUGCAAUUUCUUGUUUUCCGCAAGCUUUUCGACGAUAGUUCUAGAAUCCGCAAUUUGGCAUCCGCUUUACUCACAGCUUCAUCCGAUUCAAACAUUUGUUCUACGCUUGUGGCAAAAAAGUUCCUCCAAAGCUUUACUUCAAAGUUUGGUAAGUACGCCAUCACCAUACUUACAGAGCACAUUUUCACGCUCAUUAACAAUUUGAACGAUGCCAUUGCAGAAAAGCAAAACGAAAUGUUUGACGUUGAACGCUCAAAUCUUUUCAUCAACGAAGUUUCGUUCCACGGCACUCUCGUUCGGGCAAUUUUGCCUUACAUAGAUAUCUCGACUCGGGAUGGCCAAAGGUUCGAGCAAUGUGUUGUCCAAGAAAUUCAGAACCUUGCCCAUUUCCUUUCUACACAUCCCGACAUGGUUCAAACAUGCUCCUUCAAUCUCCAUGUCGACACAGCAAUCCGGAAAGUGAUGAAUUACAAAACCUUCUGCACUGGCUUUCCGAGAGUUAAAUCGCAGUUGGACAAUUUGCAAACGCUUUUAAAGAGUUUCGGAUAUUUCAUUUAG